AUGGCCGAAAAAGCACCACCCUCGCUCGCAGCAGUCGCUGUCUCGUCACUCUUCCUCGGCCUGCUCGCUGGCUAUUUCCUCGGCCAAGCGUCAAGUAUCGGACUUUUCGGAAGCUCGAAUUCCAACGAAGCCAAGAAAAGCUGGCCUAACAGCUAUGAUGUGAAGGUUCAUGCUGAGUCGAGCGACGAGCAAGCAGAUGACGAGGAAGAGGAUGAAGAAGAGGAUGGAGACGGUAAAGAGUUGAGCGACUUUAGAGAUUCGAAAGAGGAAGUGAAAAUGGUCCUGGUUGUGAGGACAGAUCUUGGGAUGGGCAAAGGAAAAAUUGCAGCUCAAUGCGGACAUGCCACGCUGGCAUGCUAUAAAUACCUGGUUAACCAUGCCUCAUCGGCCUCAAUACUCAAACGAUGGGAGUACGGCGGGCAGGCUAAGAUUGCCUUACAAACCAAGUCUGAAGACGAACUGGAAACUAUUCAAGCGCAAGCCAUGAGCCUGGGGCUUUGUGCCCGAAUCAUACAUGAUGCUGGGAGAACUCAGAUUGCAGCUGGUAGCGCAACAGUGCUGGGAGUUUUGGGUCCUAAGAGCGUGGUAGAUCAAGUCACUGGGCACCUGAAGCUUCUGUGA